AUGUCGUUCCGAGCUGCCAUGAAGCACUGGUAUGACCCGGCUGUAAGACUCCAUAUUCCGUUCCACUCUGGUAGUCCGGAAUUGAUGUUUCCUUAUGUCUCCAUCUUGUCCACCACCCACCUAUUCAGGCGAUCCCAAUUUGUGGAUGUCGUCAUUGGUACCGCCAUGGGUGGAGCCACUUGGUACCUCUCCCGCUUGGCACGGGGCCCAGACAUCGUCUGGAAUCGUCACGGAAACCCCCAACCUUGGAAUGACGUCAAGCCUGGCCAAAACACCAAGCUAAUGGCGGUGAACCAGGAAUUCCCUAACGGUACCUACAAACGAGACAGGCUUUAA